CUACACGCGUCAGGAACAAAGAGGUGAAGUCAGCCAUGAGGAGACUGAGGACAAAGGGGCAUUACUUCCAGGGGAAGGGAUGGAGCAUGAGAAUGGCACAGGGGUGACGGAGUUUGUGCUGCUGGGGCUAUCCCAAACCCAGGAGAUCCAGCUCUUCCUCUUCAUCUUGUUCCUCGUCUUCUACUCCAUGAUCCUCCCAGCAAACAUCCUCAUCAUCCUCACCAUCCAGAGUGACCCUCACCUGGGCUCCCCCAUGUAUUUCUUCCUGGCCAACCUGGCCUUUAUGGACAUCUGCUACUGCUCCGUCACUCCCCCAAAGAUGCUGGCUGACUUCUUUUCCCACCACAAAACCAUCUCCUAUGGGGGCUGCAUGGCCCAACUCUUCUUUAUCCACUUCCUGGGAGGGGCGGAAAUUUUCCUGCUCAUAGCCAUGGCCUUUGAUAGAUAUGUAGCCAUCUGCCAUCCCCUGCGCUAUGCUAGCAUCAUGAGCAGAGAGAUCUGCUGUGCCCUGGUUGGGGCUGCUUGGACCGGAGGCUUCACACACUCCAUCCUCCAGGUGGUGCUGAUUAUCCGGCUGCCAUUCUGCGGCCCCAAUGAGCUAGAUAAUUUCUUCUGUGACAUCACCCAGGUGAUCAAGCUGGCCUGCACUGAUAUCUAUGUGCUGGAGUUCUUCAUGUUCUUCAACAGUGGCCUGGUCACCUUGAUGUGCUUCCUUCUCUUGCUCAUCUCCUAUGGGGCUCUGCUGGUCCGACUGCAGAUGGGCAACCCCUCAAAGGGGAUGAGUAAAGCGGCCUCCACCUGCGUCACCCACAUCAUCAUCGUCUUCAUCAUGUUUGGCCCAGCCAUCUAUAUCUACUGCCGGCCCUUCCAAAACUUUCCCCUGGACAAAGUGGUGGCCGUGUUCCACACUGUUGUCUUCCCACUCAUGAACCCCAUGAUCUAUACACUCAGGAACAAGGAGAUCAUCAGUGCAAUGAAGAGGCUGCUGAGUAGCGGGCUCUGGAGAGGGCAAUAGAAGGAAGUUAAAAUACAGAAGUGCAGGGUUUGGAAUUAUUUCAGGGAACUUCUCUAGUAUGUGUCAGAUUAGAUUAUCUCGACAGUCCCCUCUGGGCUCUUAACUGAUAAAUCUAUAUGUUUAUCAAUGUGACAGGCCAGAAUCUGCAUUGAAUUACACUAGAGUAACACUGGAAUAAAGCGGUAUCUAUCGGGUAACUUUUUAGUAACUCUGUAAAAGCCAUGGAGUGAUUCUGUAGUAAAUAAGAAGAAAACAUACAGUAUUGGUUGGGUAACUGUAAUAUAGUAGUAUCUAUAUAGAAAUACAGUAGGACCUCAGGAUUUAUUCUUUCAUAUAUAUGGAUUGAACCUGUAAUAUCAGUGGAGUAACAUUUUAAUGGCUCUGUGGGGUCUAUGAAGGAACUCUGUAUUAUGUGUGGAGCAACUUUGUAAUGUCUAUGGAAUAACUAUAUGCUAACCCUGUAUGAUAUACUGUGUAAUUCUUUAGUAUCUGUGGAGUAAUUCUAUAGUACAUAAGUACUACCUCAGCAAAAAAUGUGAACUGACUGUAUAAAUUCUUUGUAAUAAAUUUAUAAAAUCUGUUUUAGAACUGUGUAGCAAAUCAGUAUUAUAUACUUAGUAACUUUGUAGUAAAUCUGUAGUAUCUACAGAGUAAUAACAAUGUAGUAAUUUUGUCAUAUCCAUGGAAUAGCUCUGUAGUAUAUAUGGAGGAACCGUGUACUGAUUAUUUAUUCUAUAUGUGAUAAAUCUAGAUUAUCUCUGGAGUAUCUUGUGAAUAAUUACAGAAUUGUGAAUAUGAGUGCGUGAGAAUUUCAUUAAGAGCAUGAGGUGGACUGAGAGAGAACUGUCAAUAUGGAACUAUUUUUAAGCAAAUAAAAAAAUCCCUUCAAAUGUAA